AGGAUUUGUGUCACCGCCAUGCAUCAGAGCAAUGUAUAAAAAAGAAAAUUCAGGCAAUCACCGAGUGUUUCAUCACAUCGUCAAUUCCACCCGAGCUGCAGGUUGAUGUUCCUAUUGAAAUGGCAGAGAAACUGAUGGAGCGAAUCACGAGCAGAAAUCAAAACAUCGGACCGUACUUAUUCCGUGAAGUCCAGGUUUGUCAGUUUUAUUUCUUCGUUGAAAUAUGUCGAGGUUGUUACACAGCCAUAUUUUCAGAUAUAUACUGUAAUUUAACAAGCAAAUUUACUGUACUGUGUUACAGCAACUGUCCAGUCACGCAUACGUGAUAAAAAGCCGAUAUAAACUUUAUAAACAAAAGAUAAUGUAAAACGUAACAGAACGGCGAACAUGCAGAUUCGGCUGUCUCAAAUAAUGGUAAUGUUGGGAUAGUAGCGUUGCAGAUUGGAGAGGAGAGUGGGCAGUAAGGCUCCCUCAUGCACCACCCCAUGGAAAACCUGCACCCCUCCUUGCAGAUGAGGCUAGAUCCUCCCUUGUCGUAACUCACACUGAACUAUAUCAAUUUCUCUUCAUCCAGAUGACAGUAUUUCGUGUUUUGUUCAACAUGUGGAAAGAUUUCUGCAGUUUUCGCAGCUCUAUAGAUGACGGGAACUUGCUGAAAGUUCUUGAGAAGAGAUUGUCACGACAUCGCGCUGAAGCGAAAGCAAAGAAAGAAGCGAGUGAAAGAAAGAAAAUUGCAAAACAAGAAGCGGAAAGAAAGAAGAAGGAAAAAGAGGAAAAGGAAAAGAAAGAACUCAGAUCCAUGGAACAACUUAUGAGGUACCUUUACACAAGCAUGUUUUCAACGACAAAUUUUCAUGCGGCAAGUUAGUAGUAGUAAGAAGUGGAAAAGUUCCCUGUACAGCCGAGCAAAUAAAACUAUACUCAUAUGAAAAUUUCGUUGUCUCGAGCGAAUCUCAACUCGGGUUUAUAAGCACCGCUCUGCCCACUGAGCUAUCAAGCCAACGGGCUCGAUUCUAAUUUCGGUUCGAGAGUUUUACGCGGGAACCAUAUAUGUCUUCACCGUCUUGGUGAUACAAUUACUCAUACUUUUCAUAAAAUGUCCUUCAAUAGAUCUUUGUUAACAUAGAAAUCUGCGGAUUGACAGGGGUACCAGGAGAACUUUGACGGGGGUUAGUAGGACGACGAAGGGCCUUGGCUCUAUCCCUAUCAAUCCAGAGCUUUUUUCUUGUCAUCGUCGCUACUGUACCUACACUGCUUCAGACCGUUCGAGAUUUUGUCAAUAUACUUUUACAGGGUGUUCACCGGUCUUGAAAAUCCUGAAACUCCCUGAAUUGAAAAACAAAAUUCUCGGACUGGAAAGUCCUUGAAAAUCAAUAGAAGUCCUUAAAACUCCUGGCUUUAAUUUCCUUAACCUCCAGCUGUGCCAACAUUAGUCAUUGUGAUUAAAAUUACAGAAUAAAGUAAAUUAUUUGCUGGGCAAAUCCGUGCCAUUUUCAAAGAUUUUUCCCAGUUCCAGGCCCUUGAAUUUACUGAAAAAGGGGCUUGAAAGUCCUGGAAAAGUCCUUGAAUUUCACAUUCACCAAAGGGUGGAUACCCUGCUUUUAAUCAAUAUAUAAUCUUGAUGUUGUUUUUAGCUUAAUGGCAGAGAAUAAUUCAACUUGGGAACAAGAGGAGAACAAUGUGGUGUUUUGGAAAUAUUCGAAACAUAUCUCAGCCACCAUUGAACCUACAUCAGGUCAGAAGAAAAUCAGCACACAAGAUGAUAAUACGUCAUUCAUGGAACUAACCAAUCAGAGAAGCAUUGCUACCAAAUCAACCAAUCGGAUCACGAAUAGUUUGAAAAGCGAAAGGCAUGCUGGGAAAGGUAGGUCAAGCAAUAAACUGAACUGCAUGGAAUAUUGGAAAAUUGUGGAAAGCUGGAUUAUUUCACCUAACGGAUAACAAAAUUAGUGAAUGGGUUUUUCUUAGCAUUCUGCUUCAUUAUUUGUGUAAUAGUCUGUUGGCCCCCUCGGUGAACGGUGAAAGUUUUAGAAGAAAAAUUAAAACUUUGUUUUUGUUCAUAGUUCCAAAAUUCAAACGUUUUGGUUCACUCUUGGCUGACUCAACAUACAGCACACACAGCAAACAUUCCAUGAAAGGAACGAAUUCAACAGCAUCGCGUAUUCCGAGAAUAAGCCAACCAAGUCACAAUUCGAGAGCACGUGAUAUCAAGAGAUAUGACAUCAUCGAUAAAAAUAGCUCAGAGAAAGUGACGUCAGGUGGUGAUAAGAAACAAAAUGUUGGCAAGAAUAAACUUUUGAAGAACAGAGAACGAAAGAAAUCCAAAAAGAUUCUUGAUCAAGAAUGUUUCGACUCUGUAUCGAAUGUUGGGAAAGAACCAUCGUCUACCGAGAGGGGAGAUAAACACGACAGGGUAAAGAGCCCCACGGUAAAGGAUGCCGGGUUGAAAUCCCGUAGGAAAGAUUCCCCUCCAAUGGAGCAUGCAAAGAUUUACGGUUCAGAUGACGUGGUGGCCGAGCGUCCUGGAAGCCUGAGAACUAGUUUAUUACGACGGCAAUGGAAUCAAAGUCAUGAUAAGAACAGGUCACCUGUGCCGCUUACGUCACAAUUAUUGAAAGUUUUCACGAAUUCUCCUGAAGGUAACUGAAAAUGAACUUCAAAUGGAUAUAUAGGUCUUUCAGUUCUAAACUGUUCUCCCCUAGAGAUUCAGUAUAGGCCAUCCUUCAUUGCUUAAGUGUUGUUGGUGCAGGAGGAAUUAUAAACUAAAGUUUAAAUGGUUAGACUUUCGCGUCUUCUCGGAUAAGGACGUUAAAUCGUAGGUACCUCGGAUCCGCUAUGAAUUGGGCAAAUAGCCUGUUGGGAAAUCCGCUCACCAAUGAGUGAGAAACUCAAUAAACAACCGCUAAGUUAUGGCUCCAAUAUUCAUCCUAAACCACUCUAUUCUUAUACUUCCAGGUGCUCCGCUGGACACUCCAUUAUCGUUGGCUCGUAUCACUCAAUCUGAUGACGUCAGUGUGACGAAAUCUUCGGCCAUUCAUCGUAAAACUCCGCCAACCUCUGCCAAGAAGGCUGUGAAAGAGACUAAUUUAAUCAGUUGGCGAACCAAGCGAGCGAACAUUCGUCGUAAUGAUAUUGAACAAUUUGUUCCUGAUGUGAUAGUUAAUUGAAGCA